AUGCUUGCUCCUAGCAGAGGAACGGCGUUGAGGCAGGCCCUGGCCUCUUCGCCGUCCACGACGGUUCCGGCAUUCCUUGUGCCGGCUCUGCAGUCCAUGCCCCGACGCCAAUUCUCCGCAACAGCGAUCCGACCCUCGAAACUUGGCCGGACGCCUCUGUCAAUCCCUCCUGGCGUGGAGUUACUGGUUGGCGAACCUCUAUUGAAAAAGGACCCGACGAGCUACUUGAAGGUGUACAAGAGGACGGUUUCUGUCACAGGACCUCUGGGCAAACUGGAACUCGAGAUCGAGCCUUUUGUGAGAAUUGAGCAGGAUGCCGAGUCUAGCAGAGCGAUCCUCUCUGUCGAGGACUCCAACAUCAAGGAGCAACGCGAGAUGUGGGGCACGACAUGGGCGUAUCUUCAGCGCUACAUCAUGGGUGUCUCCGAAGGCCACACGGCACUCCUACGUUUAGUCGGUAUCGGUUACCGUGCGUCUGUCGAGAAGCGCAGCGGCAAGGAGGAAUACAAGGACCAGGACUUUCUGUGCUUGAAGCUCGGCUUCACGCACCCUGUCGAGAUGGGUAUUCCAAAGGGCGUCAAAGUCACCCUCGCCUCGCCGACACGCAUCUUGCUGGAGGGCAUCGACCGAGAAGAAAUCAUGAGCUUUGCUGGAAGGGUUAGAAAGUGGAGGCCGCCCGAGCCGUACAAGGGCAAGGGUGUAUUCAUCAACGACCAGACGAUCAAGUUGAAGCAGAAGAAGAUCAAAUAA